AAACUGAGGACAUCUGACUCAGUGGAUACUAUCUGCCAUGGCGGGUUCAAGCACGCUCGAUGUGUUUGUGGGGAUUGUUCUAGUUUUGCAGGCUUUGGGAAGUGUUUUCCAGAUCACCCGAGGGGAAUUAACAGCGGAAGGAGCUGCUUAUUCAAUUCCUCAGGGAUGGUCAGAUGACGCUGAUGUCACAGUAGAGCUGCUCAGGAGGAGACGCUGGCUUCUGAUGGAGCCUCUACCGAUGGAGACUAACAAAGCCAGUCAGGACGGUUUGAAGCUCGAGUCUCAGGAUUCACCCAGAAUACUGGCUGAUGACGAUGGAGGAGACAACAGCUCCCAAAUUAUGGAGGACAUUGAUCAUAACUACUACACCUCAAAGACUUAUGGUCCCAGUGACCCUAUGAGCAGAGAAUUAUGGGUAAAUAUUGAUCAGAUGGACAAGGAGAAGGUGAAGAUUCAUGGCAUCCUGUCUAAUACACACAGACAAGCAGCGAGGGUCAAUCUGUCCUUUGAUUUUCCAUUCUAUGGGCAUUUGUUGCGAGAGAUCACUGUUGCAACCGGCGGGUUCAUCUACACAGGAGAUGUGGUUCACCGAAUGUUGACAGCCACACAAUAUAUCGCUCCACUUAUGGCAAACUUUGACCCCAGCCUGUCGAGAAACUCAACCGUCAUCUAUUUUGACAAUGGAACGGCUUUGGUUGUCCAGUGGGAUCACGUCCAUCUUCAGGAUUCUUAUAAUCUGGGAAGUUUCACCUUUCAGGCCACAUUACACAACGAUGGACGAAUUGUGUUUGCUUACAAAGAGGUCCCAGUGCAGAUUGCAAAGAUAAGCUCUGUCAAUCAUCCAGUAAAGGUUGGGCUCUCUGAUGCCUUUGUGGUGGUCCACAAGAUUCAGCAGAUCCCUAAUGUGCGGAGGAAGACUAUCUAUGAGUAUCACAGAGUGGAGCUGUUAAAGACCAAAAUUACCAACACUACAGCUGUGGAAAUGAUUCCACUACCCACAUGUCUUCAAUUCACAAGCUGCACUUCUUGCAUAGCAUCACAGAUUAACUUCAACUGCAGCUGGUGUCACCGGCUCAGUAGAUGUUCCAGCGGCUUUGAUCGCCACCGGCACGACUGGGUGGAUAACAGCUGCCCAGAUGAGACUAAGGAUAACACGUGUGACAUCAUCAGCACCACUAAUCUGGAUCUGCUGACCACUGCAUCAGUGGCGAAGAUGAGCACAAGGAACAGAGGAACUACUGAGGGUCCCUCGAGCCGAGCCCCGUCACACAUGCCCACCAGCAUACCAACAGAAGAUGACACCAAGAUCGCGCUGCAUCUCAAAGACAACGGAGCUGCUGCAGCGAAAAGUACAGCAGAGAGCGGCACUCACCCGCUGCACAUGGGCCUGAUUCUCGGGAUGCUUCUGCUGCUCCUCGUGAUGGUGGUCAUAGUCCUGGUGACUGUUUACAUUUACCACCACCCGAGCUCUACUGCAGGACUCUUCCUCAUUGAGAGACGCCCCAGCCAAUGGCCAGCAAUGAAAUUUCGGCGAGGUUCAGGUCAUCCAGCAUACGCAGAGGUAGAGCCCAUGGGUCAAGAAAAAGAAGGCUUUAUUGAAUCCGAGCAGUGCUGAGGUUUGACCUUUGACUUCUUAAGUCACACACAAUCUAGCAACUCUCUUGAUGUCUAUCCACACAUCUCCUAUGAUAAAGUCCAGCAACCCUCCAGAACCCUGACGCAGCUGAAAACACUGAGGGUGUGGAGUUUGAGUGGAAGAGGCGUUCACUCAACAAAUGCUUGGGAAACUCUCAAACUAUCCAUGUCCACAGAGGAAAGUUUGUCAGUCAGCUGGAUGUAUUUUGGCUUCUGCUUGGUUCCUGACAGGACAUGUCAAGCAGCUCUGUAAGCCUUUCACCCUCAAAAUGGCCACCGGGCUGUUUGGUUCUCUGAUCUGAUGUGCCUCUCGGAGGGAUUUUUCUUUUCAUGACAGUUUCUGAAAUGCACAUUCAUUCAGUUGAUUUGUUGAAAAUCUUAUAUAGGCCUUUAUAUAUCUUCGAAAGGGUUUGUAGGGGUUUUAUGUUUCUCUCUCUCUCUAUGAUUUAAGCAGGUGUUUUGGAGCACGUUGGAUGACUUCAGUUACACAUACUGUGUCUCUUUCUCUUGUUUAGAUACAAUCGGAAAAUGUUCUGUGAACAAAUGUGUCAACAGUAUUGAUUAACACUUCUCAUCCAUACGCAAACCAUUUAGGAAUUUUUGCAGAUAUUCACCUAACGCACAUAUAUUGCUCUUUCUGGUUUAUAUCACAGUACUAAUGCAUAUUUACAAGACAGGCGCUUGUGAGAUUGCGUGCGUGUAUAUCUUUGUUUUUAUUUUAUGCAAUUGUUGUGGAUCACACAAUGAUCCCUUUACACAUAAUAGUUCAAAUCAAGAGUUUCUACUGAUUUCCGUUUGAAAGACAGGAAGUGAGAUUGUGAGCUGUUAUCAUGACAGAGACCUUGAUUUGUUUAAAAACACCAUUUUACAAUAUUUGUUCACUAAAAUCAUCCCAGCUUGAAAACGUGGAAGCAACGGAACUGAAAACUGCAAUAAUGAGUUGAUUUUGACUUCAGAAAUGUGAUUUAUGACUGUACAGAAAGAGUAACACACAGCACAUCACAGCCUUCAACAUUCAUCUACACAAUUCUACAUUGUGUUCUGUAAUAAUGGGGACUUUGACUAUGAAUGUUUACGAUAUAUAUCCUGAUAAAACCUAAUUAAUUAUGGCACAUAUUACCUUAUCCUUUAAAAAAAGUCUCAUAAAGACAGAAAAAUAUUGUGACCAAAGAGCUGUCAUUACACACACACACACACAUAUCUAUAUACAAAAAUACACUCACCGGCCACUUUAUUAGGUACACUUGUCCAUCUGCUCGUUAACGCAAUUCAAAUUUCUAUAUGCUGCAGUUCAAACCGAGUAUCAGAAUGACGAAGAAAGGGGAUUUAAGGGACUUUGACUGUGGCAUGGUUGUUGGUGCUAGACGGGCUGGCCUGAGUGUUUCAAAAACUGCUGAUCUACAGGGAUUUUCAUGUACAACUAUCUCUAGAGUUUACAGAAAAUGGUCCAUAAAAGAGAAAAUAUCCAGUGAGCAGCAGUUCUGUGGGCACAAAUGCCUUGUUGAUGCCAGAGGUCAGAGGAGAAUGGCCAGACUGGUUCGAGCUGAUAGAAAGGCAACAGUUACUCAAAUAACCACUCGCUACAACUGAGGUAUGCAGAAGAGCAUCUCUGAAUGCACAACACGUUGAACCUUGAGGCAGAUGGGCUACAGCAGCAGAAGACCACACCGGGUGCCACUCCUGUCAUCUAAAAACAGGAAACUGAGGCUACAAUUCGCACAGGCUUACCAACAUAGGACAAUAGAAGAUUGGAAAAACAUUGCGUGAAUAAUCUUAUACUGGUUUCUUGAACAUGACCAUGAGUUCACUGUAUUCAAAUGGCAACUGUGAGAUGCUAUCAUGGCAAUAUGGACCAAAAUCUCUGAGGAAGAUUUCCAGUAUCUUGUUGAAUCAAUGCCAUGAAGGAUAAACACAGUUCUGAAGGCAAAAGGGAGUCCAACUCAGUACUAGUAAGGUGUACCUAAUAAAGUGGCCGGUGAAAGUAUCUAUAGAUCAAAAACAAUUGGAAAACGUUUCCUUAUUACUGUAAAGCCAAUUGAAAUGGACAACGAUAGAUCUUUUUUCCCUUCUGUUUGAUUGUUUCAGCAAAGCUAUGCAUUUGACCAUUUCUUUUCAAGUUUUAAUGUCUCUUAGGUGUUUCAUGCAUGCAGAAUUUGUUUCUUUUUUAAUCCUCAUAACAGGGUGGUUCACCAAAUAUCAAGGUCUAAAUUCUAUAUUUUUUAUCAACUUUCUUCACUGGAGGACCUGGUUAUUUUCUGCAGAUGUAACCUGAAUGUUUAUGUGUGUGUGUGAUAAAUGAACCUAUCUUAAUGUGUAUGAGUGCACACUAAUGUAAGGUCCAAGUGGAUGUUUAUUUUGUGUAAUAAUCUCAAAUGAAGCAUUGAAUGAGACCAGCUUUGUGCUCAGCUGUGACACCUGAUCUUGAGAUUUGGGGAAACAAAGAUAUUAGCGAGCUGAAUUUUUGAUAAGCAUAAUCGUCCUGUCGUGCCACACUUUGAGAGACAGUGAAACACACAAUGCUGUAAUCUGUGUACUCUUGAGUUCCUACUGUCAAUUUGACUACAUAAUACAAUUUGAUUAAAUAAUAAAGUGGUUUGAAAUGACAA